CUCUAUGACUUCCUCUGCAACACCUAGUGCACAUCUUCAUCCAUCUGGGAGUGGUUAAGCUCCGUUUCUCUCAACUUAUUCUACUGACCAGUCUAUUUUGACACACUACACUAAGUGAACUUCAUCAGGAACUUCAGUGGAACAACCAUCUAACAUGAACUCCAAGCUAACCAGCAGCCAGUACCAAACCAUCUGCUCCCAGCUGGGAAGAGUUAAACUACAGCUGCUGUACAAAGCCAGCAUCCAUGGUUUCUCUGGGGCAGCCUUCCACCAACGAUGUGACUUCCACUCUCCUACAGUGUCUGUGGGAUACAACGCCUCUGGUUUUGUGUUUGGAGGCUAUACUAAGCAACCUUUCAGUCUGUCUGGUCAGUAUGCGCAUGAUGACCGGGCCUUCCUUUUCACCUUCAGUGGAGAAAAACUCAUUAAGUAUCCAGUCGCUACUCCUGGAAAUGCAGUGAGAAUGAUUGCAAAUGCUGGUCCAUAUUUUGGAGAAGCACUGGUUCUUGUCAAUGGAAGCAAAGCAGUGGUGCAUAGCAAUCCAGGACAAUACUACAACUUCCCUGCUGCAGAAAUGCAUGGCAAUGACCUGAACCUGACUGAGUGUGAAGUCUAUCAAGUGGAAGAAACCCCUGAAUUUGAGAAGCCCUGGAGGCCAAUGAUCUGGGAGGCUGAGACAAGAACAGAGAUGAUGAACAGCAUUAUGCUCUAUCGUCCCUUAGUCAACUCUGUGUCCCAGGUUCGAGUCCUGCUCAUUGGACCAGUUGGAGCUGGAAAGUCUAGUUUCUUUAAUUCCAUCAACUCUGUGUUCAGAGGCCACGUCACCGGCCAGGCCAUGGCUGGUAGCUCCACCACCAGCCUCACCACGCAGUUUCGCACCUACUCGGUCAAAAAUGGGCGAGAAGGAAAAACUCUGCCAAUUGUCUUGUGCGAUACCAUGGGAUUGGAGGAAAACAUUGGGGCGGGGCUUGAUGUGGAUGACAUCAUCCCCAUCCUCAAAGGUCACCUGCCAAACCAUUACCAGUUCAACCCCUCUGCUCCUCUGCAUUCGGGGGCCCACGGCUACCGAAAGACUCCAGCUCUCAAUGACAAGAUCCACUGUGUGGUCUAUGUCAUUGAUGCCUGCAAGAUCUCCAUCAUGGCCACAAAGCUGGAGGAGAAGCUGGCAGUUAUUCGCAGAAAGGUCAACUUAAUGGGGAUUCCUCAGCUGGUCCUGAUGACUAAAGUGGACGAGGCCUGUCCGUCUGUCGCACAGGAUGUUAGGAACAUUUAUAGGAGUAGCUACAUCAAGAAAAUGGUGCAAGAGGUCAGCGAUCGGCUCGGCGUCCCAUUGUCCCGUGUCAUUCCGGUGAAGAACUACAGUGAGCAGCUGGAACUGGACAUGAACUGUGACAUCCUGCUGCUGACCGCUGUCACUCAGAUGCUACGCUUUGCUGAUAAUUACUUCGAUGAGCUCAGUGACCAAUUCAGCAGCACUGAAACCAAAGAAUAGUGGGGAGUCAUACAGCAGAUGUUCAUGUCUUGUCCAAUUGUAAUGACACGUCCCUCAGAAUCACCCAUGGUACAGCAGGCGAGGACGUCUACUGUAGUUCAGGUUUUCUGUAGCAACAUCAUGAUUAAAUAAUAUGUUUAAAAGUUGUAGUUUGGUAUCUGCAUUUUAUUAUAAUGAUGCUGUGGCACAUGUCAUUACAAGCAAACAAGAUUGAAAAGCCACCGUAUGAUCUGUCAUUUACGAUAUCUGCUAGUACAGAGAUGCAUUAGCAUGACUUUAUGUCAUUAUCAUGUCGUUUGUCCUGUCUACAGGUGUUUUAGGCUGCAGUCACAGUUAGCACACUGCCAGUCAGAUGACCCUUAUCAUAGCAACGUUGAAGAAGUGAAACAUAGAAUAACCUUAUCAAACAACAACAAACUGCUCCAAAAUACAUGGGCUUGCUUGUGGUUAAAAACAAAUCCAGUAGUUCAUGCUUGGAAACUGGUAAAGGAGAGCCCUUAAAUAUCAGUAAUGGUGAGCUGAAGUCUUGAGCCUGAAAUCACAUCACAGUUUAAACACAAAGUAAAGAAACAGGUUCAAAUUGCACUGCCACUUAGCUUUCCACGACAUUUUCUUUGAUUACUUUUUGCCUUCCAUAUUCCGCCACUAUUAUAGAAACUUUAUACAGUUGAAGAUGUAUAAACUGAAUCUAACUGAAACUGAGAAAUCAGUUAUGUUUAGCCGGCCAUGCGGGAAGUCUCACAGAAUUCCAAAACCUGAAAAAUGUGUCUGUUGAAAAAACGGAAUAGAAAUCUGAAUUCCCAAAUAAAGCCUUUAUUAUUCCUAAAAUGAAUAAUUCCAGUCAGUAACUUGUUUAAUAAAAGAACAAACUGCAUAAAUGAACAGAAAACAGAGACUUAUUAAUGCAGGUCAGACGGUUCUGUACAGCAGACAGUCGGCUGAGGUGCAGUCCCUCCCUGUGCAACAGGACUGACAUAAACUGUAAACCAUGCAUCACACCUCUGAUUUACUGCCUGCUUUUGCAUCAUUGAAACUACCCAUGAAUUAGAGUGGAUUAUAAAUUGGCAGCUGUCCUCACAAUGACAGUAAUCAUCAGUUAGAAAAUAAUUAUGCUCUGUGCUCAGGAUAAACAAACGCAUUUUGAAAUAGUGUUUAAGAUAUCACUGUUGUGUUAGUGCAUAUAAAACACGGGGAGCUCUCGCCAACUUGGCCACAGUUUACAUGACACUGGUUACACAUCGUUGUAACAGGAAUGAUGCAUGAUAGUGAAAGAGGAACGUCCUGGAAACGCAAACCACACCUGGAAUUCAAUGAUAUUUAGCCAGUCUGCUUCCUUUUUUCUCUCGUUCCAUGAUACGAGUGCAUUUCCUCUAAUGGAGCCGCUCACUGGCCACCAGUAAGAGCAGGGUGGUCAUACUGGGAAGCUCCUGGUGGAAAUGUGCGAGAAUGAUAUUCUGCAGAUUAAUUUACAAGAUCAGAUGACACGGUUGUUGGUGAGGUUGCUUCAGGUCACUGGGAGCACAGAGGAAGACCACCGGGGACGGAGCAGAGGGAGACGCUUAUGGCACAGCUGACGCUCACCACCGUUUCAAACAGUCUAAUCAGCCAACGACUUCAGGCAUCAACUGAAAAGGCAAUCCUGUUGAGAAUAAACCGCUUCAACUUCAACCAUUGGAGUUAUAGUGCAGAACAAACAUACAUACAUCCAAAAGCACACACACAAACAAGUAUACACGGGAUCGGUCAGAGUCCAAAGGCUGAUUUCAGUGACAACCGGACUGGAGCAUGAAGCAGGGCCGUUGGCCCCUACACUGCAGCUGUUGAACAUGUGGUCACGUUGAAGCAAAACUAAUUAAUGGCUGUUGUCCCUAUCAGAUAUUAACACCUAUCAGUGUAAUAAGUGUGAGCCGUGUUGUCAUUUCUUUUAUAGUCAGUUUUUUAUUCAAUUUAAUCUUUUUAGCGGUUUUAAAUGGGGCAUCAUCUGUUUGUUUUUUUAUCUAUCUUAGAUCUUCCCCUGCUAAAGAUAAAAUGACAAUAAGUGAGCUGUUAAUCUGCAAAGUGUAUAUGAAUUUUAUUUAUAUCCUAAAAAAAAACUAACAAACCUUCAUUUCUUGGGGUUUAUUUUAUUACCUUUAAGUCACAGAAGAUUUUGGUAUCCACAGCUAUGUUGUUGUCAUUUAAAUGCUAAAUCGACAUUUACAAAAAACACAACAAAGGUAUUGCCACAGCUGUGAAAAUGGUCUUAGCACUGUUUAGCAAUGACGGGGAGUAUUGAGCCUAAUCUUGUUUAUUUAUUUAGGGAUGUACUGUGCUAUAAAACAGAUACUUAAGAGCCUACAGUGUGUUAUAAUUGUACAAUUACCUAAUUUAAUGUGGUGACAGUAUCUACAGAUUAAGAUAUCAGGUAUGAAGCAAUGAACACUUCCAAUACUUUGUGUGGGUGUUGCCUGCAUAAUGUUACUCAAUGCAGAAUGAUAAACUCCAAGUUUACUGUGCCUGUUAUCUGACUCUGUGGAAGCCAUUUGUCAUUCUGUUACAAAAUGAGGAGAGGAAAACAGCUUCUUGUGAAAGCGGAACAUAAACCCAAAUAUAAUGGCUGUUUACAGACACCAGAAGCAGUUGGUGUAACUUAAAACCAGAUCAGAGGGAGAGAUUUAGCCUGUAUCACCACAUUACUGCAGAUGUGUGCUAUUCUGUUAUAAUUC